AGAAAGCUUAAUCCAUAUACAGAACGUUUCCAGCUCUCUUCCCAGUCUUCCCUCUCCCCCUUUUUUUCCAUUUUCUAUCUAUUCUCAGUCUUCAGCAUAAAAGAAUAGCAGAGCAAAGAGAGAGAACGAACCCUACUUUUUCUUCAACAAUAUUUCUUCAUCUCUUCCCCUUUCUUGUAUUUAACUUCAACAAACCCUUCAAAGCACCCGUUCUCUGAAAUUUCACUAGGGUUAAAAAAACUGGCAUUUCAUCAUACGCCUCCAGGCAUGGACGAAAACAACAGCACCGCCAACAACGUCGCUAGCGCCAUCACCGCAGCCCUAGACUGGAACACCUCACCCGAAGCUAGAAAAGCCGCCAUUUCCUACUUGGAAUCCGUAAAAGCAGGAGAUAUACGUGUUUUGGCGAAUACGUCGUUUACGUUGGUGAGGAAAGAUUGGUCUUCAGAGAUUCGGCUACAUGGAUUCAAAAUGUUGCAGCAUUUGGUUCGAUUGCGGUGGGAUGAAUUCAGCUACAAAGAAAGAAGAAACUUCGCAAAUGUUGCUAUUGAGUUAAUUUCAGAGAUAGCGAACCCUCAUGAAGAAUGGGCUCUAAAGAGUCAAACGGCUGCUCUUGUUGCUGAGGUAAUUAGGAGAGAAGGACUGGGCCUAUGGCAAGAACUGCUACCAUCAUUAAUUUCCCUCACUAACAAUGAUCCUAUAGAGGCUGAGUUGGUUGUGAUGGUACUAAGAUGGCUUCCUGAAGAUAUUACGGUUCAUAAUGAAGACUUGGAAGGAGAUCGCCGCAGGCUAUUAUUGCGGGGGCUUACGCAAUCUUUACCAGAAAUUUUGCCUUUAUUGUAUAGUUUACUUGAGAAACACUUUGGAGCUGCUUUGAGUGAAGCAGGAAGGCAACAGAUUGAUAUUGCAAAACAGCAUGCAGCCACAGUAAUGGCUGCUGUAAAUGCUGUAAAUGCAUAUGCUGAAUGGGCUCCUGUAUCUAAUCUUGCAAAAUAUGGUCUGAUUCAUUGCUGCGGAUUUUUGCUUUCUUCUGUCGAGUUUCGUCUUCAUGCUUGUGAAUUCUUCAAACUUGUCUCUCCGAGGAAAAGGCCUCUUGAUGCUUCUGCUUCUGAAUUUGAUUCUGCAAUGUGUAAUAUCUUUCAGAUCUUGAUGAAUGUAUCUAGAGAUAUUUUAUCCAGAUCUAGCUCUUAUGCUAGUGGUAUUGAUGAAAGUGAAUUUGAGUUUGCGGAAUGCAUAUGCGAGGCAAUGGUGUCAUUGGGUUCUUCCAACCUGCAAUGCAUUGCUGGGGAUAGCACCUUACUUCCUUUUUAUCUUCAACAGAUGCUGGGAUAUUUCGAACACUCUAAGCUUGCACUCCAUUUCCAAUCCUUGCUAUUCUGGCUGGUGCUAAUGAGAGAAUCAGCAUCCAAGCCGAAGGUUGCGGCACAAAUGGCCAUAGAUGAUUCUGCUGUCAGUAGUUCAUUCUUGGGUUCUGGACAGGCAGACAAGGAAAAAAAAAGGGUGUCACUUUUCAUUAAUGAUGAUAUUUGUGGUGCUAUUUUAGAUGUAUCUUUCCAGCGCAUGCUCAAGAAAAAUGUUCAAACUGGAAUUGCACUGUCUAUGGGAACAUUGGAGCUGUGGAGUGAUGAAUUUGAUGGCAAGGGAGACUUCAGCCAAUAUCGUUCUAAGCUGUUGGAGCUCAUCCGACUUGUUGCUUUUCACAAGCCCCUGGUUGCUGCAGCAAGGGUUACCCAGAGAAUUGACACAAUUAUUCAGAGCCAUUUGACCACUCCAUUGCCUGUGCAGGACUUACAUUUGAUGGAAAGCAUGCAACUGGCACUAGAAACCAUUGUGAGCUCAGUUUUUGAUGGAUCAACUGAAUUUGGCGGUGGUAAUUCUGAAAUUCAGUUCACAUUGCACCGUAUAUUGGAAGGUUUACUUCAGCAACUUCUCUCAUUGAAAUGGACCGAGCCAGCACUUGCAGAAAUACUUGGGCGCUAUUUAGAUUCAUUGGGUCCCUUUUUGAAGCACUUCCCAGAUGCAGUUGGUCUUGUCAUCAAUAAGCUUUUCGAACUCUUAACUUCGCUCCCUUUUGCUCUGAAGGAUCCUUCUGCAACCAGUGCCCGGCAUGCAAGGCUGCAGAUCUGCACGUCAUUUAUACGGAUUGCUAAAGCUGCUGACAAAAGCCUUCUUCCUCAUAUGAAGGGUAUUGCUGAUACCAUGGCUUAUCUCCAAGGAGAAGGUCGUCUACUUCGUGGAGAACAUAAUCUUCUAGGUGAAGCAUUUCUUGUCAUGGCUUCUGCUUCUGGUGUUCAACAACAGCAGGAAGUUUUGGCCUGGUUACUUGAACCCUUGAGCAAACAGUGGAUGCAGGUAGAAUGGCAAAAUGCUUAUUUGUCCGACCCAUUAGGUCUGGUCCGUUUGUGCUCCGAGACACCAUUUAUGUGGUCAAUUUUCCACACUGUAACAUUUUUUGACAAGGCCCUUAAAAGGAGUGCAAUUAAAAAAGGCAAUUUGCAUGUGCAAAACAGCUCAUUAGCAAGUAAUGAUAUUAUUCCGUCUCAUCCAAUGGCUACUCAUUUAUCAUGGAUGCUUCCUCCUCUGUUAAGGCUGCUUCGUUCUAUUCAUUCGCUUUGGUCUCAGCCAGUUACUCAAGCUUUACCAAGAGAGCUAAGAGCAGCAAUGAGUAUGAAUCGUGUUGAGCAAGCAAGUCUUCUUGGUGAAGGGAACACUAAACUGUCAAGGGGUGCAUCAACGUUUACAGACGGAUCUCAGAUGGACUUAAACAAGGAAGGAAACAUGGAGACAAAUGAAAAUGAUUUACGGAACUGGUUGAAAGGUAUCAGAGAUAGUGGGUAUAAUGUUUUAGGUCUGGCAGCAACUUUAGGAGAUACAUUCUUCAGAUGCUUGGAGAGUUCUUCUGUCACUCUUGCACUGAUGGAGAACAUUCAAUCAAUGGAGUUUAGGCAUAUACGCCAACUCAUUCACUUAGCUCUGAUCCCUCUGGUGAAGUUCUGCCCUGUUGAUUUAUGGGAAGACUGGCUUGAAAAACUCCUCCAUCCGUUAUUUCUCCACUGUCAGCAGGCUCUUAGUUGUUCAUGGUCCAGCCUUUUACGUGAAGGUAGAGCAACAGUUCCGGAUAUCCUUGGUGAUCUUUCUGGAUUGGACUUGAAGGUAGAAGUAAUGGAGGAGAAGUUGCUUAGGAAUUUGACUCGAGAGAUAUGUUUUCUCCUAUCAGUUUUAGCUUCUCCGGGACUAAAUAGCGGGCUUCCUUCAUUAGAACAAUUUGGAAAUGUCGGCCGCACUGAGAUGUCUGCACUCAAGGAGUUGGAUGCAUUCACUGCUAACUCUCUGGUUGGCUUUCUGUUGAAGCAUAAGGGUCCGGCUCUUCCUGCACUGCAAAUAAUAAUAGAAGCUUUCACAUGGACGGAUGGUGAAGCUAUGACUAAAGUUACCUCCUUCUGUGGGGCUGUGGUUCUUCUUGCUGUUUCAUCAAAUAAUGUGGAACUCAGGGAAUUUGUUGCUAAAGAUUUGUUUUAUGCAAUUAUCCAAGGUUUGGCCCUUGAGUCAAAUGCUAUUAUCAGUGCUGAUCUUGUUGGUCUUUGCCGCGAAAUCUUUGUGUUUCUCUCUGAUAGGGAUCCUGCUCCUAGACAGGUUCUGCUGUCUUUCCCUUCUAUUGCAACGGCUGAUUUACAAGCUUUUGAAGAUGCUCUGGCAAAAACAAGUAGCCCUAAAGAACAAAAGCAGCAUAUGAAGAGCUUUCUUUUGUUAGCAACAGGAAACAAGUUGAAAGCAUUGACUGUUCAGAAGAUUACUAAUGUCAUUACCAAUGUUUCAACUCGAACUCGUGGCCCGGCCUCAGUUCCUGGCCCCAGCAUUGAAGGAGAUGAGUUUGUGGGAUUAGCAGCAAUGACGUAAAGACACUGUUAGAUGCAAUUUGUGUUUGCAUGGGCAGAGUUGCUGUACAGGGGUUUUGCAGAUGUGAGGUCUGUAGCAGAAUGCGGCAACACAAAUCUUGUCUGGAGAUACACAUACAGAGGUUGAAACAGAUGGUUUUCUGGUGGCAGUUUUGUGAAAGGUAAGAAAACUGUGUGAAAUAUGAGGUUAUUCUGUGUGGGCUUAGUCCCUUUAUAUUUUUACUGUUUUCUGCUGUUUGAAGUAAACUAUUGGGUUCUUCAAAUUUGAAGGUUGGGAAUCCAGAUUGGUUAUAGUUAUGAAGUGAUAUAUAAAUAUAGCAUCCCCCAUA